UCUCCAGCACCACCCUCCCCGGCUACCCUCCACACGUCCCCCCAACAGGCCAGGGCAGCUACUCUACCUCCUCACUGACUGGUAUGGUGCCUGGAGGAGAUUUCUCCGGGAGUCCCUAUUCCCACCCUCAGUACUCCACAUAUAACGAGUCCUGGAGAUUUCCAAACCCCAGCCUGUUAGUGUUCCAACAGGACUAUGGGUCUCUGCUGGGGACGGAGAUUGGCUGUUCUUCUGGGCUCUUCACCGCCAGCCAGACGGGACAGAUGCAAGGGUCGCCGUACUACUACAGCGCGGCAUCGCGAGGGGCGGGACCGGCUGCCACGGCAUCUGCCUCCGCCUACGACCGCCACUGACCCCGCCCCAAACGACGAAGAGGAGGAUGAGGAAGAGGAGGAAGAAAAGAGAGAUAGCACCAGCACUGUCCAAUACUAGCCUGCCUACUGACAGAAGAGGAGGAAGAGGAGGACGAGGAGGAAGGAGAGGAGGAGGAGGAGGAAGAGGAGGAGGAGGAUGAGGAGGAGGAACAGGAAGGAGGAAGGAGAGGAGGAGGAGGAAGUGAAUGAAGAGGAAGAGGAGGACGAGGAGGAGGAAGGAGAGGAGAGGAGGAGGAUGAUGAGGAGAAACAGGAAGGAGGAGGGGAGAGGACGACGAGGAGGAAGAUCUGCUUUACAUCAGUAAACUCCCGACUGCACGCUUUUGAUUGACACUCGAGCCGACCAAUCCCUGCUGAGCUGAUACACUGAGCUAUUGCACCUGUUAUAAACAGGAUGGAUGUACUCACAGAGACUGAUCCCAGGUCAGAUUGGACAUGUUACCACCUAAUGGGCAGGGUUAGGAUCUGGGGAGGCCAAGCUGAUCCCAGGUCAGAUUGGACAUGUUACCACCUAAUGGGCAGGGUUAGGAUCUGGGGAGGCCAAGCUGAUCCCAGGUCAGAUUGGACAUGUUACCACCUAAUGGGCAGGGUUAGGAUCUGGGGAGGCCAAGCUGAUCCCAGGUCAGAUUGGACAUGUUACCACCUAAUGGGCAGGGUUAGGAUCUGGGGAGGGCAAGCUGAUCCCAGAUCAGAUUAUUGGUAUAUACACCGGGACUAUUCGAACUGUAGUCCAGAGCUCUCCUGGUUGUCAUCCUGUCCCUCUGACCAGGGACUGAUUCAGACCUGGGGACAUCAGGUAACUAGACUGUCUGGUCAAUCACUGACGUUAUUAAUCAAUUAAUCAAUGAACUAGUAGCUCGGGAGACUCGAUACCCAGCAGAGUUUAAGAGACCUGGAGAGAUGGAGCUGAACAGCCUCCACAUUACAGCCUGAUGAGUACAACAUGGAGGGAGGGAAUCCCAAAGAGUAUCUCCUUUCUCCUGAAGUGUACACUCGUUCACUACCCUCCAAACAAAAUCUAAAAACCAUUGGAUUGGUAGAGGAUUUUUUUUUAUUGUUUUGUUAUACCAGUCAUUUCCUUUGAACUCAGUGAAGGGAAAGUGAAGAAAGUGCCCACUUUGGGAGGAAGGACGACGGACAGACGGACAGACAGGCGGACAGACAGACAGACAGGCAGGCAGGCAGGCAGGCAGGCAGGCAGGCAGGCAGGCAGGCAGACAGACAGACAGACAGACAGACAGACAGACAGACAGACAGACAGACAGACAGACAGACACAUAAUAGGGACUUCCUAUUAUGUGUCUGUCUGUCUGUCUGUCUGUCUGUCUGUCUGUCUGUCUGUCUGUCUGUCUAGAGUUUCUGGUGAAUAAGAGAUAUAUAUAUAUAUAUAAAGAGAGAGAGAGUAAUAUAUUUAAAUCUCUUUUCGCUGCACUCAAAAGUGACUGUAUAAUUACGGCUCCGUCGUUCCGUUUUUUAGAAGUGAUUUCCAUUAUUUUCCCACAUCCUGAAUAUGCUAAAGAGUAACCAGGAAGUAGCAAUGGUGGCCACUCCCCUUCCUCUCUCUCUCUCUCUCCAAAAUCCCCAAAGAUAGUGGUUCCCCCCCCCCCCUCAGUGUGGCUGACUAACGACAAGAAGCACAAAGUGACCCAAAUCACCUUCAUAUAGACGCCAUUUUGACUUCUUCUCCUUCUUCUUCUCCUUCUUAGUGCUUGUCUUCCAUUAGACGCUCGUUCUUCAGUGGGGAGAAUAAACCAAAGCCUUUUGUUUAAUCCCCCCCCCAACCCCCCC